GACUGAUAGUGUAAAAAGCUAAUCUAGAACAUCUGAAUAAUAAUAAUGUACAAUAAUAAGAAUCCGAUAAACGUGUGUGGGCCGCUGUCCAGGCCCAGUAGUCGGCAGACCGGGGGGUCGGAGUCCAUAUACUCCAUCAUUCAUAAUAUGAUGUUUAAUACAAUAAUAAAUAAAAAUGUGAAAUGAGAAAUGCACUACAUAUGAAAAUUGAGAACACAUUGGCGUGAUGAGUAACUCCAUAGUGAUCACGUUAUAUAGAUCAUAAUUCAACCCUUGUAGCCAAUAAAAAAUUAAAAUGGUGCCUUUGAGUUAUAUUGAGGUAAACUUACCUUUGGAAUAGAUUUUCAUCUAUCAUCAAUUAGCAUAAUUCCUUAUUAGUCAACAAUCAUCUCUUGAUUUUCUCACAAACCGCAAAUAAUAUUGAUCAGAAAUGAAUGUGGAAUAAUGAAAAUGGCUUUAAUGGCAGAAUAUAGCAGUACUCAAUUAACCGCACCAUUAUUAAACACUAAUUAAAUCAAUUCAAGAAAAGUAAUUAAUGAAUUACUAUAAAACUGGAUUCAUAUAUGUCUCACUAAUUAUGAACCAUAAUAAUUUGAAUGCAACGUCUCUCUCGUCUUCGCUUCUCUCCUCUCCUGUCGAGCUUCCCUCUGUCUCUCUCUCACGCAAAACGGCUUUGCCAAUCGCCACAUCCCAGUCCCCCUUACAUGAUGACCGUUGUGGCCCAUAGCCGUUUGGGAGCUCGGUCGGCCCCACCGGGGCAAAUUUUCCUUUACUAGCCGUUGGAUUUGAAUAAAGACCCACAUCCCACCCAGGCUCAUAAUAAGCGUAAACCAUAAUAAUAAUAUCAUCAUAUCGAUAAAAAUCCCCAACCUUCUCUCACUUGUUCUCUUCGUAUUCUUGGUUCUACUGUAGAUGAUUGAAGAGCUGAAGAAGGAGAGGAAUAUUCUUGAUUUCUGGUUUUGGAUUGUUCUUGGGGCUUUUGUGGAUUUGGGUUCUUAGUCUAUAAUCAAGAUGGAUCAAGAAAACAUGGUCAUAUCUGGGGAGAAUAACAACCGUACCUGGAUUAAACCCAGAAUUGUUGAAGAGAUGGAUGGAAGAAAGUUUGGAGUGCAAGGGCGGCAGAACCGGAGAGUUUUGGGUGCCAUUAAUCAGAACAUAGUAGCUAAUCCAUACCCAUGUGUUGUUACUAAUAGAGGAGGAACAUCAGAAAAAAACGGGAACAGUGACAAGAAUCAUUCUCUACAAGCUAAUAGACCAAUAACAAGAAAAUUUGCUGCCCAAAUUGCAAACUCUCAGCAACAUUAUCAUGAGGAAAGCAAGAAACAAAGAAUUGAGGUUGAAGAAUCCGGGCUACGGGAGGAAGAUGAACACGAAAAAGAUUGUGAUAAAGACCAGCCAGUCCCUAUGACUUUGGAGCAAGCAGAAAUAGAUUCAAACGAAAAACAUCAUAUGGAUGAGGUAGAAAUGGAGGAUAUAUAUGAAGAGAGUGUGUCCUUGGACAUUGACAGCGGAGAUGCAAAAAACCCUCUUGCAGUUGUUGAGUACAUUGAAGAUCUUUAUGCCUAUUACAGAAAAGUUGAGAACUGUAGCUGCGUUUCCCCUGAUUACAUGUCAAGACAGCUUGACAUCAAUGAAAGGAUGAGGGCUAUACUAAUUGACUGGCUCGUUGAGGUGCACCACAAGUUUGAGCUAAGGGAAGAGACACUGUUUCUGACCAUAAACAUCAUAGACAGAUUUUUAGAGAAACAAAAUGUGGUGAGAAAGAAGCUUCAACUGGUUGGGUUGGUUGCUAUGCUAUUGGCUUGCAAAUAUGAAGAGGUUUCUGUUCCCGUUGUGGAUGAUUUUGUGUUCAUUUCUGCCAAAGCUUACACAAAGAAAGAAGUUCUUGACAUGGAGAGCUGGAUGCUCAACACACUGCAAUUCAAUAUGUCAGUCCCAACUCCUUAUGUCUUUCUCAGAAGAUUCCUCAAGGCCACACAAUCUGAUAAGAAGAAGCUGGAGCUAUUGUCUUUGUUCUUAAUUGAGCUCUGCCUUGUGGAGUAUGAAAUGACCAAAUACCCCCCAUCGUCUUUGGCGGCUGCUGCAGUCUACACUGCACAAUGCACACUCCAUGCCCAUAAUAAGGAGUGGAACCAGACCUGUGAAUGGCAUACUGGCUACUCUGAACAUCAACUUCUAGAAAGCUCAAGAAUGAUGGUGAGCUUCCAUCAAAGGGCAGCAACAGGGAAACUAACAGGAGUGUAUAGGAAGUACAACACCUCAAGAUUUGGCCAUGUUGCAAAGUGUCAGCCUGCCACUUUUCUUCUUCUUUACAACUCUCAAGAACAGCAACAACAAUCUCACCAGCAACAAUAAGGCCUUCAUUAUUAUUAUAACUAUGUUAAUGCUUGGUUUUGAGAUAAUUUGUUAACUUCACCUCCAACAUGAUUGUUGAGUUUGAUGAUCAUUCAAGUUUUUGAUGAUUAAUCUGCUUUGUAUUUCUUAUUUCUACUUGAAAUAAUCAGAUAACAGCGAAAUGCAUUAUUCUUUAUUUAUUUUUCC